AUGUCCCGCAGGAACAGCGCAAAAUUAAGUUUCGAAACCCUCCAGCUUUAUCGGAACGCAUUUGCGCACGUUCGGGCUAUCAUAGUCGACGAAGUGAGCAUGAUUGGCGCCAAUAUACUGGACGCAAUUCACGCGCGGCUACAAGACAUCCGAAGCGAGUAUGAUGAUGCUUUUGGAGGAAUGGACAUCAUUUUCGUUGGAGACUUUCGCCAGCUUCCUCCAGUAAAUGCAAGAUUUGUGUUCAAGCCACCUGCAAAUUCUAUGCAUGGAGCUGUUCUUUGGCAGUCACUACAGUUUCAUCCCCUUGUCAGGGUCAUGAGGCAGAGCGAUGAGGAAUUCUCAGCUGUCCUGACGAGUAUUGGAAAUGGUGAACGCUUGUCAGAUGAACAAACUAAGCUCAUCGAAAGCCGCUUUCGUACAGCCCAAUGGUGCAAGGAAAAUGUACCCAACACCAUACGCCUCUUUCAUCGUAACCUCGACGUGGAACAGUACAACAGCGACGUACUGAGAGAAACGGACGGGCUGGAUUGUCUGGCCGAAGAUCUUUUCAAUGGGUACAGGACUAACGAGCAGCUUGCAAGCGCCAGGAACAAGUUACACAAAAUGAGUGUGGUGGAAGCCGGCGGGUUGCCUUACAUGUUGCGUCUCACCUAG